GCUCGAGUAAGGCACCCCCUCCUUUUGCAGUAGGCUGGUACCGAGAAAUUCAUGCAAAGAUAGUGAAUCAAUGGAGCGCACCCAAAAUUGUUUGGAGGUCGACAUUGGAAAUCUCCAGCAUCAGCUCAAAUCACAGAAGAACAACUCUGAAUGUCUUCGAGAAGAAAUCGCAAGGUUGAAGAAAGAGUAUGUCAUGAAGUGCAUUGAGGCUGCAGCGACGGAAUGUGUCGAUAGGCACCUGCAUAUGCAGCAAAAUGAAAUCAUCCGGGUUUUGAAGGAAGAGAAGGAAAACACAAUGAGGUUGUGCAAAGCAAAGAACGAGGAGUUGCACAGUGUGAGGAAACACAACGAAAGGAUUCCUGUUGAGCAAGAAUUGAGCGCCGCACGUGGUCAGAUUCGUCAAAUGGGAUUGGAGAUCCAACGGUUCAAACAGGAGAGUGCAAAAUUGCAAUUGGAGGUCCAACGGUCCAAAGAGGAGAAUGCGGAAUUGCAAUCGGGGAUGCGACGGUUCAAACGGGAGAAUGUGGAGUUACAGUUGGGGAUCCAAUCAUUCAAACAGGAGAAUGAAGAACUGCAUCUGCGCCUUGAUUACUUACAAGAGCAGAUGAAGGCAGGGAAACUAGUGGAGCGUGCUUUGGAGUCGAGAAGUAGUGAGAGAGUGGAAGACGCCGAUGGCGUUGGGGCACCGAGCAGCAAGGAAGUGGCUGAUCCAUUGGGGAAAAUACUGCUUCAAAGACUGCGAGAGGUAGAAGAGGAGAAAGAGCGUAAAGAGGAAGCGUUGCAAACUCUUAAUGAGGAGUUAAAUUAUGAAAGGGCAAGGCAGACAGAGGUUAUGAGGGAGAAACGUGAGCUCAGCAAUCAGCUAAUGAGAGUAGGAGAGAAGUUACGAGCCAAAAACUUACAAUGGGAAGAGCUGCAAAUGGAGAAUGACAAACUUUGCAAGUUGUUGCAGAGGAAAUAUUUAUCACCACUCAGGGAUCGUGGGCCCAAACAAAUGUGUCCCACUUUCACAACAGCACAGAUCCCAGUUGCCGCCGCCAAGCUAGAUGCCGGAUUGGGGAACAUGACUUGGCCACAUAAGAAUCCUAAUCUAUUCUCGGCACUUAUCUCAGCUCAUCGCCAGAACAUGGCGAAAGAACAGAAUGGCGCCAGGGUCUUGCACACCAGAAGUUGCAGACAUCCAGAGGUUCAAGCAAUGAUUCCUCCUCUGCCGGCUGGCUCUGUUGAUAUUAAGAAGCCAUGCCAAUCCGGGUCUGUCGAUGGAUGCCACGGAAGUCCCCCUGAGCAGCAUAAUACCCUUGAUCUGGCCAGAGCAGGGCAAGAUCACAAUGCGCCGAAUUCCACAGGAGUUAGUCAUAGUUGUGUAGUUAAUGACAAGAACAAAAGCAACAGGAAGGGAAACGAAGAAGAUGGUGGAGAGCCAGCCAUCGCCGAAGAAAGCAGGGACGGCAAGUGUAAUGGCGGAGGGGAGUCCACGUGGACAGGAGCAGAGAAGGGCACGGGAACGAGGGACAUUGCCCAGGGAGGAUGUGCUCCCAAUGUUAGUGUAGCUGGGAAUCAGGACAUAGGCACUUCAACGGCAGUUGUGGAAGAUGUUCCGCAGGACAGGGCUGAGGAAGCCGUGACAGGGGAUCGGAUGUGGUAUGAGCUGCAGACUAAGGGCAAUCAGGCAAAAUGCGUUUCCAAUGUCAGCUUAACUGGGCUGCAAAACUUGGGCACUGCUGCUGCAGCUGGGGAAGACAGCCUGCAGGACCGAGCUGAGGAAGCAGUGACAGUAUGUCAGGUGCAGCAGUAUUAUGAGACCAAAGCCAAAGGAACUGUAGUCGCGGAUGGUGGUCGGCCAAGAAGUGCUUCCAAUGUCAGCUCGGCUUGUCACCAGGACUUCUGCACUAUGGAAGAUGGUUGGCAGGACAGAGCGGAGGAAACAGUGGCAGAGAUGCAAUAUGAGACCGAAGCCAUCAUAACCGGGGGUUCAGCUGCAUGUCAGGAUGUGACUGAGUGUCAUGACGUGCAUGCUUCACAUGCAGUUGUUGAGAGGGUUCUGGCUAAUGAAGCUGAGCGAGCUCCGGGCAAUCAGGGUGAGUGUGCAUCCAAGUCCAAAUUAUUUGGACAACAGGACUGGAAACGUGGUCCCACGGAGGAACAGACUGUGGGUCAUGAUGUCAGAGGAACACUGACAGGGAAUCAGGCACGGCAUGAGUUGGGGGUCGGACCAGCCAGGCAUCAGGUUCUGGGUGCUUCAACUGCACAAGCUGAAGGAAUGCCGACGACUUACAUGGAAGCGGACUUGGGCAUGCUUUUGAGGGAAACCGAAAGGCUGGAAGAAGACAUUGAAGGUCAUGGUAAAUGGGAUGAGCACGGAAGCAGGAAGGGCGAGGCUCAGCGUCAGGAGAAUGAAGAGGAGGGACCCAAGGAGAAAGUGGAGGAUGAGAAAAAUGAAGAGGAGAGUGUGGCUGAAUGGUUCACUCAUGAAACUGUCAACAAACAGAACAGGAGUUCGGAUCCUGAUGGAAUCAGAAAAGAAGAGAGUCACAGCAUGCAGGACACAAAAGAUAGGUAUCUGAGGAAAGGAAGGGAGGGAGAAGAAGCAAAGGAAGACGGCAAAUCGCAAUUGAGCUGCAGGGGGGGAGAUGAGCAAGACAAUGGGCAGCACAAGGAUGGGGAAGUUAAUGGUCCUCAGGACGGGGAGAGGAGGGAGUUGGAAAAGAAGCUGGAUAUCCAGAGGACUGAGAAUGAGGAUGAUGCCAAGAUCCAACAGAACAAGGAAAACGAUCCUACAUCCUACGGAGAAAGGCAAGAUGUGGAGGACACAAAAAGGGAUAGGCAUCUGAGGAAACGAAAGAAGGAACCAGCAGAGGAGGAAGAGGAAGAAUGGCAGCUACACCCCAGGAGGAAGGUGGUGGAGGAAUAUAGUGGGCAGCCGAACAACAAAGCUAAUGAUCGUGAGAACGAGAGGAGGGAGAGGGAGACGAGCACAGGUACACCGAAGGGUGACGAUGAGGAUGACAAUAUGAAGAGACAAAAGAAGGAAUACAACCAUCCAUCUUGCCUAGACAUCAAGAGGACACAGCAUAAUGAAGAACAUGGAGAAACUGUGGCACACAGCCAGCUGGAUGAAGCUCAAUGGCUCAACGAUCACGAGGAAAGUAGUAAGAGGCAUGAGGCCGAUUGCGAUGAGGAUCAUCAACGGGCCAUGGGGUGUUGUGGGAAUGAAUUUCAGGUUGCCGAUGGCAUAGAUGACAAAAAGCACGAGAGCCGUUUUGACAGCGUCAGAAGCUUGCAACCUACUGACAGCCGAACCAGCAACUGCAGAACUGGCGGGCAUGAAAGGAGAGAGGAUGCGACAGAUGCGAAUGAAUCCCGGACAACAAUUCAUGCUAAUGGACAUCAACGGGCAGAACAUCAUGGGUUCCCAGGACCAGAAUAUGAGGAAUGUAGCAGUGGCCAGGAAAUCUCCAAGAUUGUCACCAUCGCGUGUAUUGCAACCACAGACGUUGACGAAAAGGGUAAUUCUUCUUUUAUGGACUUCAAAUUAGAAGAGGGGCGAGCAUGUUGGAGGGAUGCGGGUCACGCUGACAAAAUGGAAACUCCCGAGAGUGAACCAUCUCCCGCGGUAGACGCGUUUUUUUUAAGUGUUGGCGGAUCCCAGAAGGCCACCAAUGCAUGUCAGAUGAGAACGUCUACCGAUGAUCAGGAGGGGUGCUGUGACCAGGCUUUGACAGAAGGAGGGGAGAUGGUGGACGGAUCGCAGAGACAUGUCAAUCGGACUCCAUCCAACCCACCCGACCCACACACUCGAUAUGACUCGAGUAGAGGGAGGGAGUUGCGCAAUAAUAAUAACUUUGUGCAGGGAAGAACAGCAGGUACUGUGCAGCUGAAGCAUGGAACUGCAGACAGUGAAGCAGAGUAUUCUGUCGAUGUUUGUGCGGUCAGCACCUGGAGGAACCAUUUCGAGAGUGACGGUGUAUUGCAUGCUAGGACGAGUGCCGAUGAUCAGGUGGAAUGUUCCCGGUUUCAGUGUUCAGCAGAUGGUGGUCUAGUGCAGGAAAAGACAGCAGCAGGUGUGCAAUCUCAGCACAAAACAAAAGAUAGCAAGGUAAUGGAAGAGAGCAAGGCAGAGUGUCUUGAUGAGGCACAAGAGUGUUCUGUUGAUGUUUGUGAAGUUGGUGGUUGGCCAAACCACCGUGAGAGUGAGGGCACACUGCAUGACAGGACGUCUGGCGAUGCUGGGGGUGAAUGUUCCCGGCAUCAAUGUAUAACUGAAGGGACAGAGAUUGUUUGCGAAUCGCUUAGAGAUGCGGCGACAGCAGCUGACAAUGAUGCUGGCGCAGCCGAGGAAAACAGGGCAGCAGGUGUGCAGUCUCAGAACAAAGUGGAAGACAACAGCGCAAUCAAAGAGCGCAAAGCAGAGUGUCCUCAUGGAGCACACAAGGAUGGAAGGCGACAUCAAGGGAGCAAAGCACGCUCUGCAACACCCGAUUUGCACACGGCUCAAGGAAAUACAGUGGCAGGACGAAGAGCCUUCAUCGCAGGAGAGCUGAGAGACGAACUCGACAAAGCAGCAACACCCGAGCCUGGGGCACAGAGGGCCCAACAACAUCAUCCCGUUGAAAGACGCAUCGACUUUGGCACAAAGCCAUCUUCUUACAGGGUAGCUGAGGAAACGGUCCAUUGUGACAUGCACAGAACACAAUCGGAUUCUCCCCUGGAGGGGCGGACCGACAAUGGACGCCGACAGGUCCGAAAAGCUGCAGAGGUAAGUCGAAGAAAGUCGGCCAUAGUUUUGGUUUGUGAGCGAAACCCAGGUAAGGGUUUUUUUAGACCCGGAGGAAGUGUAAGAAAAAGGAGGAGAUCAGCAUCCGUCGCAAUGGAUGAUCAGCAUACCACGGCAGCAGAAAGUGCCUUCCGUACGUCCAACAAGUAUGGCCAAAUGGAGCACGCAAACCUUGAUGAAUCUAUUGCAAGCGGAGAAGUAUCAAAUAAGAAGACGUGUAAAAAGGAAUCCUUGAGAACGAGGAGUGAGAAGCCCUGUGAGUCUGGGCAGCCUGCACUUGCUGACGAAAGGUGUUUGCCUUCGGAGAAGGAAGGCGGUGCGGGUCAGCCGAGGUUGUCGAGAAGAAAGACACUGUCUGCAUUCCAGAACGUGAACAGCUCGUUUGAUGAAGAUGUCCAUGAAAGACAAUCACAUAGAAGAAAAAGUGUGAGUAUCGUCAACGGCGGAAAGAGGCAUAAACAAGGGCUGCCACGUCCUCCUUCCGAUCCACGGCUGCUGUUACCGUCUGCUGUAUUGUCAGGAAAGUCGAUCACUAGCUUACCAUCACUGCCAUGCAGGCCCACCCGUUCAGGCAUAUCAGAGCGCAAAGGGGCAACCUCAUACUCCCAAGGCAAGUCACAGCGGACCUCACUCACUACCCUGUUUCGGAAUGCUUUCAUUAUACCCAAAGUGAAAACUGUUACUAGCUGAAAACUGUGCAAGUGCUUGGAACCUAUUUGAGCGUCGUUUCGCCCCAAUAUAGUUUUAGAUACAGCACAACAUAUUCGCAAGGUGCCGCGUUAUAAAAAAAUGAAAAAAUGCUCUGAAGGAAUUGUUACAAACGAUAUUCCAGACUGCUUGGUGAUAAUGAAUGCAAAUCAGAAUU